AAUUUAGUUUUGUCGUGGAUCGGGGACGUGUUUUUCCGUGCUCGGUGGAAGGUGCGAAGUAGUGGUUGUGCGACCGUAAACAAAGCGAUUGUGCGUCGCGUACGCGUAAUAUCUUUGGAGCGGUACGAUUCGUGGGUGAAAAUCUGUACAUAUGUACGGAAAUAUGCGAGAAAGGGAAGAAUUUUGUCGAAGUUUUCCACCGGGACAACCGACCCAGCCGCCGACGGCUCAGGCCCUGGGCCUUGACGCUCUGCACAGCCUUUGUAAAGAGAUAUAUCCCGACCAAAGUAAUCCGCUCACAGUCACCGCUGUCGUGAAGUACUGGUUGGGGGGUCCCGAUCCUCUCGACUACAUAAGCAUGUACGAAAAUCCUGGCUGCCCCGAAUUGGGCAUACCGCCACAUUGGCAUUACAUCAGUUUGGGUUUGUCGGAUUUGCACGGAGAUGGAAGGAUACAUCCAAAAAGCGGUCCUGGUCGUCCAAGUGGUUUUGGAUUUGAGUUGACCUUCAGAUUAGUUAGAGAAAGAAAUGAGAUGAGCCCUCCUACAUGGCCUGCGAACGUAAUGCAGCAAUUAGCAAAAUACGUUUUUAAUUCUGGGAACAUGUUGUUGCCUGGUGAUCAUGUAUCGUGGCAUGCUCCAUUGGAUAAUGGAAAUGGUCGUAUCACGCAAAUUUUAAUGGGCAAGGAUCCGCAAUUACCAACAUCUAUAUGUACACCUCAUGGGGAUGUUUCAUUUGUUCAAAUUGUAGGAGUCACUUCUGAAGAAUUACAAGCUGCACAGCAUUGGAACGGUUUAGGUCUUGUAAGUUUAUUAAAGACCAGCCGUGGUUGUGGACCAUGGCUGGUAACAAAUAUGAGACGGAUGCAUUCUAUUAUGGAGGAUGACCCCUCCAUAGCAGAAAAAAUACAAACCGGGAUAGAAAAAGAAGGUUCUAACUUGAGCGGUGUAUCUGCAAAGUGUUGGUGGGUUCAGGUGAACAAUGAUAGGAGUACAGAAAAAUACAGGGACAAAAGAAACGAAUCGGACGAAGAAGACGAGGAUAUUAAACCAGUUAUAAAGUCAGAAAGAUUAUCUCCUUGUGAAUUAGAGCUAAAUUUAUCGCAUGAAAGUUUUAUUAAAAUCUUACCAGGACUUCAUUUAACGUUUAAUCUUGAAGCUGGAUCUUUAUUACCAUUAGCAAUAAAGGGCCGUGUUAUGCAUGGGAGGCAUUUCACGUUCAAAUCUAUAUUGUCCAAUACAGCUGUUACUAUAGUUGCACCAUCAGUUACCGGUACUCUAGUUUCUAGGGAAAAACCAUAUGUAGUUCAAGGACCAUGGCUGCAAGUGUUACUUCCAGAAGAUUUGUCUGAGAAAAUGGCCCAAGAGUUUCAAAUUUUGAAUUCGACGAAUCAGGUUCAAUUGCCAAAGACAUUUUCGUGGCCUGAACAUAAACUGGUUAUUACCGUAGUAAAUGACUGAGCAAAUAUAAAAAAAAACGAUUCACAUUUUAGUACCUUUAAACGCGUUAGAAUACAAAUUAACAUAAACAAAGUAUUAUCUAAUUUUAUUAAAAAAGUGGGUUUCAAAGAACUUAUUUAUAAUUUCAACGCGCAAGUGCGAUUACCGCGCGAACGGAACUAUAAGACUUCGCAUUUCAACGUGUAAAAGAGAAGGCCAAUUAUAUUUAAUAUAUUUCGUGCGACCUAGAAAAUAUAUUCUCUAUUUUGGCAAGCAAAGAUUUCAACGCCUCCCUUUUACAGAUUGAUGCCCGUUAACAAUUUCUAUUUAAUUGUGUACAUAAUAGAAUGGAAGUUAAAAAAAGGUGUAAUUGUAUUUGAUAUACGAGUUUACACGUUGUUACGACUAAUGAACAUUUUUGUAAAUAGAUAAACCGAAAAUU